AUGUUCUUGUUUCAGGUUGCGACACGACCUUGGAGCCCGGAUCAGGGCAAGACGCGGGAGAUGACCAAGCUUUGCAACCAUAAGAGGAAACUUUUGCUGCCAAUAACGGCGGCCAGCAGUCCUGUUGCAUCCUGUAUACCGACGGUCUCCUCGUCGACAUUAUCCUCUGGUCCGCCUGUAACCGCGAUUCACGUGAACGCAGACUCGCCCACCUCACCUGACAAGGCCAGGAAAGAUGGUCUGAACAAAAAGAAGAAGCGAAAAUUAGGGGGAGUAGGAAGCAUUUUUUCCGGAGUUUCAGUUUCACAACUUAUGGCACAACGCGAAAGGGCUAUUGUUGCAGCAUCUGGAGUUCAAGGUUCAUCGAUGCCAAAUGGAUCGCAGGUGUGGCCAAUCGCAAUCCCCAAUUUGCAAGUUCAGCAGAGUAAUCAGCAAAUUUGUCAGACGUUAAACCCAUCCUCGCAAAAUCAGGACGUAAACGGCUGUGCAACAAGAAAUCCUCAGCAAAGGUUAGGUCAGCACAACAUGUCGGGGAUGCUAAUGGGAAAUUCGCUGAUAAUGAAUCAGCAAACGGGUAACUUCAACAACAUGACUCAGCAGCAACAGCAGCUGCUGCAACAACAACAUCAACAGCUUAUAUUGCAACAGCAGCAGCAACAACAACAACAACAGCAGCUUAUGCAGCAGCAUAUAUCUCAGCAGCAGCAACAGCAACAACCACCGCAAUUGUUGCCCCAUCACCAGCAAAUGCAACACAUGCAAAUUUUACAACAGCAAGAACAACCGCAACAUCAAAAUACGGUUGUGAAUCAAUUAACACAACAGCAGGCCCCCCACUAUCUGAAUCAAUUAAAUCAACAAUCAUUGCAUGUGAUGCAACAACAGGAACACAUGAAUCAGCAACAACAACAACAACAACAACAACAACAACAACAGCAGCAGCAGCAGCAGCAGCAGCAGCAGCAGCAGCAGCAGCAGUUACAUAUGCAGCAAAUACAGAAGCAUAAAAUGCAGCAGCAACAGCAACAGCAGCAGCAUUUGACUCAGGAAGUUGAUCAACAAUCAGGGAAUUUCAAUCCUCAGCAUUCGUCUGAAAAUUAUGUACAUCACAUGCAACCAUUGCAAGUAUCAUCUCAACCUACUCUGCAUCCACAGUUACAUCAACUUCAUUCACAUCAGAUGCAACAGCAAACGCAACAGCAUCAGCCUACUCAACACGUGAUGCAAGCCCAACCAACAGAUCCCUUUCCAAUGCAAAUACAGCAGUUGCAGCAGCAACAACAGCAGCAGCAAGUAUCUCAAGUGUGUGUCCAGCCGCAGUAUUCUAAUCAACAGUUAAGUCAUCACUCGUUAGACGUCAUGCAACAACAAAAUUCCGGUACAGUGAUGAACACGAUGAACACCGCCGACAUUCAGAGUCGACAUAAUCGCACACCAUCUGUGACGGAUGAAGAUCUAAACACGAAACAAAUGCAACAGCAGCAGCAACAACAACAGCAACACCAAAUUUUGUUGCAAAAUCAUACGAUGCAACGACACCACGUAGUGCAAAACGGAAACAUGCCAAACAACUCGAAUGAAAAUGUACAACGAAUGUACGCUCAAAAUCAGAUUCAAUAUAUUGCGAGGAAUUUUGAUGCAUCGAAGGGGAAUACUGCGGAUGUUAAGCAUCAGCAGCAAUACGCUUUGUCUAAUCUAGCGGGAAGGAGCCCGAACACCAAUCAUGCUGUUGAAGCACAAUCUGGUAUGGGACCAAACGGGCAGCCCGGUAAUAUGCAUUUCACUUCAAGAACACCCCCUUGGCAACAAAAUCGACCAGCCUCGGCUUCUCAUCAACCUUCCAUUGUUACAGUUCAGAAUAUCACUUGCAAUUCCUUCGAUCGUGUUCCACCUUUGCAUCAUCACAUUCCACAAGCAACCACCUGGACCGACGAAGUGGCUCGCAAGAAAGCAAAGCCCAGUAAAGUAGUGGUGAAGAAACAACGCCAGCACAGCGUAACGGACGUUAGAAACAAUAGUCUCGACCAAUCAGCACAGAGUCCAAUCGAUGAAUUCAGCGAUAAAAAUCAUCAGAAUAACUGUCAAAUUGGUUCGACUGUUAACAGCAGCGGGCCAUCGUUUUUGGAAGACCCCAGUGGUUAUCUCGCACAGCAAACAGCUUUGUUGAAUAGUACAAUAUCACGGCAAACCGGUGUCAGCAGUUCGCAAGUCGGAAUGGUUAAUAAUUCGAAAAUACCGCAAUCGAGUCACGGGUCACACUUGCCUAAUAACGCUUAUCUUCCACAACCAAAGCCUUCCUCCAGUGUUAGCCCAACGAGUACAUCAACGUUCGGCUCUGUAAAAAAUCACGCGACAUCCCCUGUUGUUGUACACAGCAGUAUGACGCCAACGUCGAGCAAUGGUGGAACCGAUUCGGAGAAUAGUCCCUGUCAAGGUUGCGUAACUAGUGCUGAUACUCAGUCCUAUGUGCAGGAUCAGUAUAAACAACAAAUUCAACGCCAGUACCUGAUGCAUUCAGAUCAACGCGAAGAUCCUGUUACGUCAUCCACGUUUGGAGAACAGUACCAGCACAAUCAACAGCAAGCUGAUUCACGACCAAUACAAGGGGGUACAGUGAGCACUAGUCAUGGAUCUCCUAUCGGCAUGAAUAGUCCGGCAAAUUCUGACACACCAGCUUCGUCAACGCCCGGAAUAUCUCAACCGGCAACGCCACAGAGUCUUAUUUCAUCUCAACCCUCCACACCACACAGUUAUUCGCAACCGCCAACACCUCAUUCGCAUACUACGUCAGGUCAGGUGCCAUCUCAACCUUUAACGCCACAGGCUCAGCAGCCAUCACAGUCUUUAAUGAGCAGUGGUGUCCAGGAGCAACGUUCUGAAACUCCUUGUUCUGUCGCGACUAAUUCAAGUGGCGUUUCUGUUGUUAGUACUUCCUCGUUACAAACGUCUUCAACCGCAAUAGAAAAUAUGACUCCUCAGGUAGCAAAGAGACAAACCACAAGACAGUCGCCUUUAGACGGUUAUCAGCCACAUCCACACACUGUAAAUGCUGUUACCAGAGUACCGAUGGGUCAUUUUACUGGCACGUCUUCGGUAAUAACUACAAUGGCCAGCGGACACACUGUUAGUAGUAACACGAUCACGUCUGUACUAGCAGGAAGAGCGAAUACCGCUACAGUGUCGAUCAAUACACCUUCCGGAAUUCCGAACCCUGCCAUACCAGAUAUACUUUCAAACAAACCUCAGCACCAAACGUCGUCUACGAGUUUAACAACCGCACCAACGUCUGCUGUGACAACGCAUUGUUCUCUCCCAAGCAGUCAACCAUCGAUAGCGAUAAAUGUCUCGAAGUCACCACUGGAAAUGGUUCAAAGCGUCGUUAGUAGCAUACAAGUACCUCAGGCCAGUACGAGUUCGCCAGUACACCCGCAAAAUCAACCGCAACAGCAACAGCAACAUCCACAACAACAUCCUCAAUCGAACGUUCAAGUCCACAAUGUUCUUACGUCUGGUGGAAUAUUGAAACAUCCAGCUGGAUCAACUUUACCUCCUGGUCAUAUACUUGUAUCCAGUGGUGGCCAACUAAUAAUGGCUAGCACGGGGUCGGGUAUUAAUGGCGUGAUGGCCCCUCCUCCACCGAAACUCAUUUCCAAUUCUAAUUCUAUGCCACCGUUGUCAGUGUCACCCAUGGUCACCAGUGUAACAGGAGCUGUUAGUCAGGUUAUACCAGCGGUUGGCGUAGCUCAGCAAGUUAUAGGGCAACCUACGGUCUUGGUAAACACUAUUCAGACUCCUGUACUUAUACAGCCAGGUGUUAUGACAAUGGACAGUAUAGGACAGAACGUUCAGAUACCGCAUCUAACAGUUGCUACUGGUAACGUGAUACAAAAUGCUCAGUCGAUCAUAGACGCGAACCAAGAUGUUGCAAGAAAUGUGAAUGCAAAUCAGGGAAUGGUGAAUCGGCAGCCUGCAUUGUUGUCUCCUGAAUCGGCAAUGAGUAAAAAGAAAGUGUAUAAGAAACGGAAGGGGAACCCACAGACAGUUGCCUCUAUGUUACAUAUUGCUUCGUCUCAACAGAAUGCUGGCAUGUUAAUGCAGUCGCAGUCAAAUUUCGCGCAACAAAACUUCCAAACUCAGAGUAUCGGAGGUCCAAUGUUACAAGCGUUGACCAUUGUUCCGGGUAAAGGUGGAGCACCGGCUCAGUUAGUUAUGAAUGGACAAGCCGGUGCAACGUCAGCCCAGUUCAAUGCUCAGCAAAUUAUUACGAAUCCUCAGCCAGCUCAGCAAAUAAAUCUUCUGCAACCAGUGAAUUUAUUGAACGGAGCUGCCGGAAUGGUUCAAAAUUUCCCGACCAUUCAGCAGUUCAUCGUUCCCGGAAUUGGCAGUAUGGUUAUGUCCGCUGAUGGAACAGCGACACUGUUACAAGACACUGGAAAUAUCGGCAUGCAAUUGCAGAUACAGAACGUGAAUGGCCAGAACGUAUUGACUCCAGUUCAAAGCCACAGCGGAAUAUUCAAUCCCAGUCAAAGCAUCUUAGCAGCUGGUCCUGCUGGAAUGGUUAUCCGUGCACCGCAAGCUACAGGUGGAAAAAUUAUUCAGCAACACAGUCCAGGCGCACAAUUCCUUUCGCCAAACAGCGGUCAGUUCCUAGUAAAUGGAACUACGUCGUUUGGAAAUCAAUUAAGUCCGAUAGUAGCGAAUGUUAGCCCGAAUCAGCAAGUGACAUUCAAUACCUCGCAAGUUCGGCCGUCUAACAUGCAGGGCCAACAGGAGUUCAUACAAAUGAAUGGGCAAACAUUAAUGGUACCUUGCGGCACCGCACAAAAUAUUGCUGUUUCAUCAGCCUCCAAUCAGCAGAAUACAACGUUCGUUCAACAAAACACCACGAUUGUGCAACAGCAAACAACUAUGGUGUCUAACAAUCAAAUACCUAAUUUUCAACCCGCAGCUUCUAACGGAACGAACGUUGAUCCGUCUAUGAACAUCGACCACAAUCAGUCCUAUAUUUUAAGCUCCAGCAUGAUUCAUGGAAAAGCGCCGACUUCCCCCAAAAGUAGCGUAAACUCACCGUCUGCAGAGCAAAAUGUUGAGCAACAGCAAUACGUUCUUGCCAGUAGUAGUACGACUGUCGUCGAGAAAACUGCACAACAGAGUGACCAACACAGCCCACUGAUGGCAAGACAUUCUGUCUCUACGCAGACAGCCGGAAAUCAAGCGAAUAUGGCACAGUCUGCGCUGAUGAGGCAAGGAUCUCCUCCAGAUACCACCACGCAUAGCCCAGGAAAUAGCCAAAGGUCGAACAGCCCCGCUGUGGAUACUACAACGCAUGGAGCAGCUUCACCAGCACCACCGAUAACAGCUAGACAUCAUUCAUCAUCCACGCCGAUGGUUCAUUGUGUGUCGAGCAGCGAACCGGAUUCAGGCGAUGUACCGGUGGCAUCGGAAGACUGGAGAAUUCAGGGUAUCACUACAAAAGAAAUAACGCUUAGCCAACCAGGUCUCCAUGGGAAGACAUAUGUGGAGUCGACGGUGACUACUGGGAUCCAGAUCUAUACGACAGAGACGUUGAAGCAGGCGGAAGGUGUGGUGAGCACAGUGAGGUGCGAGGGCAGGGAACAUGCCCUCGGCCGCGGAAUCAAACGAAAACUGGACUCCAUCCAUUCCAUGCAUUCAACCCUGCAUGAAGACCAAGAUGUAGCCGAGGCAAAAUCAGAGGAGAAGAGUCAGAGGAAACUGGAAGUGGGUGAGCUAGUGUGGGGCGCCGCAAGAGGAAGUCCGGCGUGGCCGGGCAAGGUCGAGUCGUUAGGCCCCCCGGGCUCUAUGACGGUCUGGGUCCGUUGGUACGGGGGCGGGGGCGGUCGGAGCCAGGUCGAGGUCAAGGCUCUCAAGUCCCUCUCCGAAGGCCUCGAGGCGCACCACCGUGCGCGAAAAAAGUUUAGGAAAAGUCGUAAAUUGAACAUGCAGCUGGAGAAUGCCAUACAGGAAGCAAUGGCUGAGUUGGACAAGGUGUCGGAGUCGAGUAAGGAUCAGAAGACCACUAGCAGGUUCUGCAAAGCGGCAGGGAUCAAGGGAUCGGACAACAGCGGAGUUGCGAAAUCGGAAGGGAAGAGAUCGUCGAAGAAGUCCGUCGGGACCUUGAACCCCAUCACGGCCGAGCAGAAGCAGUGUCGAUGA